UUCUUUUUGUUUCAGUAGUUCCGCCAUGUUUUGUGUCUUUGGAGGAACUUUAUUUUUCUUUUUUCAGUAGUUCUGCCAUGUUUGGUGUCUUUGGAGGAACUUUAUUUUUCUUUUUUCAGUAGUUCCGUCAUGUUUGGUGUCUUUGGAGGUAUCUGAAUGAACUCCAGUUCUGAUUGUUCCCCGCUUUAACCACUGGGGACAUGCUGCAGAGACUCACAGGAGGGAGGACCUCCACUGGUUCAGUUGGACUCGGUGCCACCAGGAGAGCGCACACACUGUCCAGGAUUUCCCUCGGCCCUCAUUUUUCUGUCCUCUCUGGAGUUAGAAACCCUCCACUGCUUCCUCCCUGCAGAUGCCUCAGCUUUGCUCCAGCUAACCGCGGCUCUCACACCCCCAGCCGGACCUUCUUCCUCCCGGAUCGAGCGCGCAGGUGGACCGGGAUGAUGGGCGCAGCCGGGUUGUUGGCGCUGCUCCUCGGCUGCUGGUGCCUCGUUGCGGCCCAGGAGCUUCCGGCCACCGGGCUGAACGGCUACAGUCUCCACCCGCCUUACUUCAACCUGGCGGAGGGCACGAAGAUCACCGCCACGGCGACCUGCGGGGAGGACGAGGCCGGCCGGAGCCUGCAGGACCUGUACUGCAAGCUGGUCGGAGGCCCGGUGUCCGGAGACCCGAGCCAGACCAUCCAGGGGCAGUACUGUGACAUCUGCAGCCAGGAGGAGAGCGACCGAGCGCAUCCCAUCACCAACGCCAUCGAUGGGACGGAGAGAUGGUGGCAGAGCCCCCCUCUGUCCCGCAGCACCGAAUACAACGAGGUCAACGUUACGCUGGAUCUGGGACAGCUCUUCCAUGUGGCCUACGUGUUGAUUAAAUUUGCCAACUCCCCCCGUCCGGACCUCUGGGUUCUGGAGAGAUCCACGGACUCUGGGCAGACCUACCAGCCCUGGCAGUACUUCGCCUCGUCUAAGAGGGACUGCAUCGAACGCUUUGGCCAGCGAACCAUCGAGAGGAUCAACAACGACAACGACAUCAUCUGCACCACGGAGUACUCACGAAUAGUCCCGCUGGAAAACGGAGAGAUUGUGGUGUCCCUGGUGAACGGCCGGCCCGGGGCCUUGAAUUUCUCCUAUUCGCCAGUGCUGAGGGAUUUCACCAAGGCCACCAACAUCCGGCUCCGCUUCCUGAGGACGAACACGCUGCUGGGUCACCUGAUGGGCAAGGCGCUGCGCGACCCCACCGUGACCCGCAGGUACUACUACAGUAUUAAAGACAUCAGCAUCGGAGGAAGGUGUGUGUGUAACGGACACGCCGAGGCCUGCAACGCCAACGACCCCAGCGACCCUUACAAGUUGCAGUGCGACUGUCAGCACAACACCUGCGGCGUUUCCUGUGACCACUGUUGCCCCGGGUACAACCAGUUACCGUGGAAACCUGCGACGACUUACAGCGCUAAUGAAUGUGAAUCCUGUAACUGUCACCGCCAUUCCUUCGAUUGUUACUACGAUCCCGAGGUCGACCAGCGGAGAGCCAGUCUCGACAUUCACGGACAUCACAGAGGUGGUGGAGUCUGCCUCAACUGCCAGCAUCACACCACCGGAAUCAACUGUGAGCGUUGCAUCCCCACCUACUAUCGGUCGCCUGACCAUCCCAUCGACUCCCCUCUGGCCUGUCUGCCCUGUAGCUGCCAGUCGGAGUUCACAGACGGUACCUGCGAGGAUCUGACCGGACGUUGCUUCUGCAAACCGAACUACACCGGGGAGAACUGUGACUCCUGCGCCAGCGGCUUUAUCAAUUUCCCACAGUGUUACCCCAUCCCUACAGAUCCCACAAACACUGACAACAACAGUGAGGCGAAACCAGCUGGAGAGAUCAUCAACUGUGAAUGCAGCGCGGCAGGGACGGUGGAUAACUCGUGCAGGCCGGACCCUCGGACCCGGACCUGCGUCUGUAAACCCGGGUUCAGCGGUGAUCACUGUGACACCUGUGCUCCGGGUUUCUACGGCCUCAACUGCCAGGCCUGCCAGUGUUCGGGUCCUGGCUGCCUGGACGGGUCAUGUGACCUGAUGACUGGUCAUGGAAUGUGCCGGAGCGGUUUCCAUGGUUACCAUUGUGACCAGUGCGCGCCUGGUUACUUUAACUACCCCCUCUGCCAACUGUGCGGUUGCAGCACAGUCGGCUCUCUCCCUGAGCGCUGCGACGCGUCGGGUCGCUGCCUCUGCAGGCCAGAGUUUCAGGGUCCGCGCUGCGAACAGUGCAGAUCUGGGUUCCACUCCUUCCCCAACUGCCAAGAAUGCUCCUGUGAUCCUCGCACCUCAUUCGGUACCAUCUGCACUGUGUCGGGUAUCUGCCACUGCCGACCCAAUUACGGCGGCGCGUCAUGUGACCAGUGCGCCCCCGGUUACUAUGGCUACCCGAGCUGCACGCCCUGCCAGUGUUCCCCCGCCGGGUCGCGGUACUCCAGCUGCGACCAGCAGACGGGGCGGUGCGCCUGCCUGCCCGGCGUGGGCGGCCUGCGGUGCGACAGCUGCGCACACGGCUCCUACGGCUUCCCCGACUGCCGAGCUGGUACCUGCCACCCAGCCGGAUCCGUUCAGUACGUCGUGCUGCCGCCUGUUGGCGAGUGUGAGUGCCGACUUCAUGUGGAGGGCCCGGCGUGUGACCGAUGUAAACCUCUCUACUGGAACCUUUCCCCUGACGCCGCUGAUGGAUGCUCCAGCUGUGAGUGUAACAUCGCUGGGACGCUGAGUGGGGUCGCAGAGUGUGUACAGGAAACUGGAGAGUGUCACUGUAAGCCCGGCGUCUGCAGUGGAACCUGCUCCACUUGCAAACAGGGUUUCUACAACCUGCAGGCUCACAGUUACUUCGGCUGCCAGGGUUGCCAGUGUGACAUCGGAGGCUCAGUGGGUCAGUUUUGUGGCCAACAAAACGGCCAGUGUGACUGCAGACCCAACGUGGAGGGGCCAAGGUGUAACCAGCCUCGUCUGCAUCAUUACUUCCCGGAUCUGCACCAUCUGAAGUUUGAGAUAGAGGAGGGAGCCAUGCUGGACGGCCGGCCGGUGAGAUUCGGUUACAACCUCCUGGAGUUCCCAGACUUCAGCUGGAGAGGUUACGCUCAGAUGUCCCAGAUCCAGUCCAGAGUUUUGGUGUCGGUGUUUGUCACCUCUCCGGACCUUUUCCGUGUGGCGCUUCGCUAUAGCAACAGGGCCGGUUCUGCUGUUUGGGGCAGAGUGUCGGUCAUAGAGGACGGCAGGAGUUAUUACUGUGGUAACUGUUCGGAACAGUCCAAACAAAUCGUCUUUGCUCCGAGUGUCCAGCCGACCUUCGUCAACGUUCCCCAGAACAGCUUUGUGGAGCCGUUCGUCCUGAACCCAGGAACCUGGACCGUCGUCAUCGAAGCCGAGGGGAUCUUACUGGACUACCUGGUGUUGCUGCCCAGCGCCUACUACGAAGCUCCCAUCCUCCAGAUCAGAGUUACUGACCCCUGCACAUACAGCUCUGUGCCUGAAAACAGCCAGAACUGUCUGCUGUACAAGUACCUGUCUCUGGACUCUUUCCCCUCCAUCUCCGGAAACGACGCCAGCUGUCGCCAUGACAACCACCUGCCGCGGCCGUGCCCCACCGAGAGGGUCACGCCGCGUCACCCCGACAUGGCCGUCUGCAGCGGGCUGGAUAUCAGCAUCGAGCUGCGGGGACGUCUGGCCUCUCCCGGAGACUACGCGCUGGUGGUUGAAUACACCAGCGAAGAAGAGCUGCCGCAAACGCUGAGCGUUGCCGUCAACUCGCCUGGAGCGCCAACGCAGCGCCACCUGGUGACGCUGCUGCACUGCAAGUUCAGCUUCCUGUGUCGAGUCGUGGCGGUCGACGAGCAGAACAGGGUGGCGGUUUUCUCUCUGGCCGCCGCCGUCGACGUCCAGCUGUCGUCGGAGCGCGCCUCCUUCUUCCUGCACAAAGUGUAUCUGGUGCCCAAAGACGAUUUCACCAUGGAGUUUGUUGAGCCUGGACUGCACUGCAUCGGGACGCAUGGACAGUUCUCCCCCGACAGCUCCUCCUGCGUCCCAUCCCGCUUCCAGACGCCGUCGGACUCUCUGGUCCUGAAGGAGGGCCAGAGCUCGUCCACUGAGGACGCUCCAGUCCAGGCGUCCCCCGCCGCCGCCCCGCCGCUCGUCCCCAACCAGAGAGACGAGCCGGUCUGGAUGGGAGACGUCCGGCCGCCGUUCGGAGCCGACAGCAGCCUCCACAUGCGUCUGGACUCGCUGCAGAAUGCAGCGGUGUACUCGGCUCGCCUCCAUGCUCUCGGCCGUUACGUCUUCAUCCUCCAUUUUCACCAGCCUCUGCAUCCCACAUAUCCAGUCCAGGUUUACAUCAACGGAGGCGUCAUCUGGCAGGGCCAGACCAACGCCUCGUUCUGCCCCCAUGCUUACGGCUGCAGGAACGUUCUGGUUUCGGAGAACCAGAUCAUGCUGGAUAUGACCCACCACGACGUUUUCCUCACCGUUCAGAUUCCUGCAGGCAGAACUUUGUGGCUGGAUUACGUUCUUGUGGUUCCUGAGCGGAGCUACAGCUCCAGCUACCUGAAUGAAGAACCUCUGGACAAAUCGUACGACUUCAUCAGCAACUGUGGACAGAACAGCUUCUCUGUGAAUCCCGCCACUGCCUCGCCGUUCUGCCUCAGCUCGGCGGUGUCACUGUCGGCGUUUUUCAACAACGGCGCGAUCCCCUGCGCGUGUCACGAGGCCGGAGCCGAGAGCGACGCCUGCGAGCCGUUCGGCGGUCAGUGCCGGUGCCGGCCCAACGUGAUUGGACGGGACUGCUCCAUGUGCGCCACGGGCUACUGGGGGUUUCCCAGCUGCAGGCCCUGUAAGUGCGGCACGCGGCUGUGUGAGCCGGUCACCGGGGAUUGCAUCUGUCCGCCCCGGACUCUGCGCCCCGAGUGCAUCCAGUGCGAGCCGCAGACGUUUGGCUGCCACCCGGUGGUGGGAUGUGAGAUCUGCAACUGCUCUCGGCCCGGCAUCGUCUCUCCUGACGUCAGUUGCGACACGGACAGCGGACAGUGCAGAUGCAGGAACAACAUCGUUGGCCGGCAGUGUGACCGCUGUGCGCCCGGUUUCUAUGGUUACCCCAACUGCAGGCAAUGCAACUGCAACGAGGCGGGAACCGAGGAGGAAGUGUGCAACUCCUUCACAGGACAAUGUCUCUGCAAGGAGAACGUGCAGGGCUCCCGAUGCGACCAGUGCAGGAUCGGUACCUUCCACCUGGACCCUACCAACCCGAAAGGAUGCACCAGCUGCUUCUGCUUCGGGGCCACCGACCGCUGCCAAAGCUCGGACAAAAGACGGAUAGAGAUCAUGGACAUGGAGGGCUGGGUGCUCCUCGGGGCAGACAGACAGGAAGUACCCGUGACGGUGUAUCCUGAUCAGGAUCUCACAGAGGCCGACCUCAGUGAUGUGCCCGAUGUCUACCAGGACCUCCACUGGCACGCACCCAAGACGUACUUGGGAGACAAGGUUUCGUCUUACGGCGGUUCCCUGCGGUACCGACUUCACACCCAGACCAUGAGAGGAGACGCUCUGCCUCUGCCAGCUGAAGCCUCUCGACCCGACAUUAUUCUCAAGGGGAACCAGAUGACCCUGGUGUUUAUGGAGAGAGAAUACUCGGCGCCUGAAGACCCUCACCUGGGAAUUGUUCACAUAGUUGAGGGAAGCUUCCGUCAUUAUCGGACUGGCAACCCUGUCUCUCGGGAGGAGUUGAUGAUGGUUUUGGUCAACCUGGAGUCUCUCCAAAUCCGAGCCCUUCACUCUCAGUCGGCCCACUCCGUGUCGCUCCACGGUGCCGUGUUGGAGGGAGCGGCGGACCUGACCUCAGGCCGCCAUGCUAACAAUGUGGAAAUCUGCAUGUGUCCGGCCAAUUACCGGGGAGACUCUUGUCAGAAAUGUGCUCCAGGUUACUACAGAGACACCAUUGGACUCUUCCUGGGAAAAUGUGUUCCCUGUAACUGUAACGGACACUCGGACCAGUGUUUGGAUGGAUCUGGAAUCUGUCUGAGUUGUCAGCACAAUACAAUUGGAGACCACUGUGAGAGCUGCAGGGGAGGGUUCCUCAGCAACAACAGCCUGGACGGACAGGCCGUGUCCUGCUCCAGUUGUCCCUGUCCGCUCAGGGCUCCAUCCAACAACUUUGCAGAGGGCUGCGUGCAGAGGAGUGACAGGAUGCAGUGUCUGUGCAUGCACGGCUAUGCUGGACCAAACUGUGAGAGGUGCGCCCCUGGUUUCUAUGGCAACCCCAUGGUUCUGGGCAGCAGGUGCCAGCCUUGCCACUGCAACGGCAACACAGACCCCAACAUGCUGUUCACCGACUGUCACCCUCUGACUGGAGAAUGCCUCAGCUGCAUGCACAACACGGCAGGACCCCACUGCGACAUCUGCGCUCCUGGUUACCAUGGAGAUGCAAUACACGCCAAAAACUGCACCAAAUGCAACUGUUCUCCAUGUGGAACCGAAUCCUGCAACCCACACACGGGACAGUGUCGCUGUAAACCCGGAGUCACCGGACCGCUCUGUGACCGCUGCCAGGACGGGUCGUUCGGCUUCAACUCGUGCUCCGGCUGUCGUCAGUGUGAGUGCGAGGCCUCGGCGGCGCUCAUCCAGCCGUGUAACCCUCAGAGCGGUCAGUGCGCCUGCCAGCCUGGAGUCAACGGACCGAACUGCAGGCAGUGCGCUCCCGGACACUGGGACUACGGACCGGACGGCUGCAAGAGGUGUGACUGUAACGGAGGCCGCUGUGACCCCCGGACCGGUGAGUGCCGCUGUCCAAACGGGAUGACGGGCAGGCAGUGUGACGCCUGCUUGGAAAGGUACAGCGUCCCUGUGGAGGACCGGCACGGCGUGCACUGUGAAGUGUGUGACAGCUGCGUCAUCGUGCUGCUGGAAGAUCUGGAGAGAUUGGACGGCGACUUCAGCUCCGUGUCGCAGCAGCUGAGGAACCUCAACACCAGCUCGAUGGCCUGGGCUCAGCUCGUCAGCCUCAACAAGUCCAUACAGGACGUCGCUCUCGCCAUCGAGAGCUACAACAACACGCUGGACGAAAGCAGGAGUCGGGCCGACAUGCUGGACAUGGACAUUGCGACCAUCAAAGCUGACAUUGAUGAUUUGCACAGAAAGUCAGGAGUAAUGACAGGCCGGGUCGGUCUGCUAGAUGACAGCACCUCCCACACCCACAGCAGGGCAGAAGAUCUGCUGAGAUUCAUUAACAACAUCAGCAUGGACAUAAACGGUGAGAGAAACGCCUGUUUAUCCCCAAACACGGCCGCAGACGGCACCGGACUGUUUGACGAUCGUCUGCUUCUGUCUGCAGCGACGCUGCGCUUGGCGAACCUGUCCCGAAACGAAACGGAGGGCGAUCAGGAUGUGGAGGGGCAGGAGGCGAAGAUCAGGGAGGUUCAGGCCAUACUGAGGGAGAUGAGGUACAGGAGCUGCGUGGGUCAGAAGAAACUGGCAGACAAGGAGAAAAAUGAAACAGAGAAAUUAUUGGAUCGUGUUAUCAAGGAGCUGGCAAACCAUCAGCAGGAAAACGUUAACUUGACAAAGGCCAUCAGGGACCGUUUGCACCGCUUCACCUCUGAAAUGAUAAACCUGCGAGACGCUCUGAACGAAGCUGUGAACAACACUGCCAGAGCCGCAGAACUCAACAGCGUCAAUGAGAAAACUCUGGAGGAAAUCAACAGGAAGAUCGAAGACUUGUUAAUGAAGCAGAAGGAAGUGAACGACACCCUAGAAAUGGCUGUUGCUGAUGUCACUCAAGUCAACACUGCGGUUCAGAUGCUGCAGGAGUCCAAAGAGGAAUACGAACAUCUGGCGGCACAGCUAGAUGGCGCCAAUUCACCUUUGAAAAAGAAGGUGCAAACAUUUGCUGCAACCAACACCUUAAUCCCCCUUGUGGAGGAGGCAGAGAAACACGCUGAGCUGCUUAAUGCCUUAGCUAUGAACUUGACCAGUUUGAUUGCAGAGACCAAGAAGGAUCCGUCUGUGGAUUUAACAAAAGCCUACAACAAUGUUGUCAAUAGCAUCACUGCAGCAGAACAUGCUGCAAAAAUGGCUGAGAAGGCUGCAAAUGACACUCUAGAGAAUAUAAAGAACCAGGAUCUUGGCCAGUCAGCAAGCGCUCUGAAGAACCACAGCAUGGAACUGCAUGGAGAAGUCCAACAGAUGAACGAUGAACUCAACAACACCCUGAAGAGAGAGCUGGAAGAAGCUCAGAAACGGCUGAACACAGCCAAGGCCAAACAUGAUCAAGCCGUGAAGGAUUUGGCAGAAAUUCAGAAAAGCCUAAACUCCACUUCAAAUGUGACUCAGGAGAUCAAUGAAGCAAAAACUGUGGCGAAUAAAGCAAACAGCACAGCCACUGACGUCAACAACAUGUUGCUCCCCAUUAAAAAGCAACUGGACCAAUGGCAACAAGCUUACGGUGACACCAACUCCACGAGCAAUGACAUCAACAAGGCCCUGAUCAACGCCAGCGAAACGGUUCAAAAGCUGGAAGAACACAUCCCAACGUUGCUGAAGAAACUUGACGAUUUGCAGAAUUAUUCCGUCCAAAUGCCAAACAUUUCUGAGAACAUCAACCGGAUCAGGCAGCUCAUUCAGGAGGCGCGCAACACUGUCAACAAGGUGAGCGUGUCCAUGAAGUUUAACGGGAAGUCGGCCGUUCAGGUGCGUACUCCUUCUAACCUGGCGGACCUGGCUGCAUACACCUCCAUGAAGCUGCACAUCAGCCCAUCUCAGCCAAAGCAGAGAAAACGUUCCACCGCUGAUUCAAACACACAGUUUGUCUUCUUCUUCGGCAAUAAAAAUUCCAAUAAGGAGUUUUUGGGCAUGGUGUUGGAAGGGAAGAAGCUAAGCUGGUAUUUCAAUGUUGGAGAAGAAACUAUAAAGGUGAUAUCGUCUCAGGAUGCCAAAACUGAUGGAACAUUCAACAGAGUUGAUUUGGAAAGGAUUCUCCAGUACGGUCAAAUGUCCAUGUCUUAUUUCGUGAAAGGAGAUGAAAAGAUCUUCAAGGCCAAAGGGGAGGGUAAAGGUGAUAAAGGACUGCUCAACCUCCAAACCAACGACACAGUCUUCUAUGUUGGUGGACCCCCAGAUUCUUUCCAGCUUCCCGCCCCAUUUAACAAUUCAACUGGAUUUGAUGGCUGCAUUCAGCUGGAGCUGCUGAACCAGGAAGUAGUCAGUCUGUAUAACUUUGAAAAAGCCUUCAACCUCAACACUAAAACGGAGAAACCGUGCAGCAGGUCUUCGGUGGUUGACGGGGUAUAUUUUGAUGGAACCGGCUUUGCUGAGAUCAACUUUACGGCUAGUUCUCAACGUCAAGUGAUCAAAAUUAUCCAGGACAUCACACUCCUGUCACACAAAGGAAUAUUAGUCUUCCUCAAAAAGGAGGCGAAGGUUUUGUGCCUGGCCGUACUUCAGGGACAGCUCCGUCUUUAUUAUGAUUUCAACGGUACUUUGAUUGAACAGCCGCCUGUCAGUGACGAUUUGACACGGCUGAAGAUUACUGAUGGAGAUUCAAAGACUCUGACCAUUACAUUGAUUAACACAGUCAGAGUAAAAAGGAUCCAAGUACAGAAGAGCUUUGAUCAAAUCUUUACACUAACUUUAACAGAAGACUUACCAAAUUUCAGUGAUAAAUACUAUCUGGGAGGAGCACCAGAGGAGGAGAUGCCUGAAAGUUUAAAGCAGCUGUUUUCAGCGCGCAACUCUGUGAAGGCCUGCAUCAAGAGCCUGAGGGACAGCGUCGGUUAUGUCAACCUGAAGACCAUAAAAGCCUCUGGAGUCAGUUCUGGCUGUAACAGCGACCUGCUGGUCGCUCGGAAAGCUCAUUUCAGCGGGCAGAGCUACAUGAAAUUAGCCCCAAAAGAUGUCAGCAGCCAGAAAGACAAAUUCUACGCCAGCUUCAGCUUCAGAACAGAGCAGAAAAAUGGACUCAUGUUCUUCCACAAAGAUCAGGAGGGAAUCUGUCAAGUCUCUUUGCAGAAGGGCAACAUUGUGUUGAGGGUGAACAACUCAGAGGUCAAGACUCAGAAGACGUACAACGACAACAACAACCACAAUGUUGCUUUCUACAUUGACCCCAAUGGGUUUUAUCUUUUAAUGGACGACAUAAAGGAGAGCAAUGGCGGUAAACCGAACAUAAAGCCGCCUGCUUACACGGGUCCUGAGGAUGUCACCUUCCUGGGAGGAUUACCUCAGCAAAACGUCGACAACCUCACAGGAUGCAUCAGCAAUGUCAUCAUAAAGAGGUCGAAAGGUGAUCAAAUGGUGGAGAACCUGCUGAAGGUGAACGAAAACGAGAACAUUCUUCUGUCCUGUCCAGCAGCAAAAAAACCUCAGCAGAUCAUUGCAGCGGAGCCGAGACGCAAACAAAAGGGUAAUCAAAAGAAGCCGUCGAAAUCUCGCAGCCGCAGUACCAGGGAGUCCUGCCAGGGGGAGCUGUCGCACCCCGAAAGCAGAGCGACGCAUUUCAGCGGCUCCGCCCACAGCUACCAGAAAUACGAUCCAGUGGUCAGAACCAUUUCUCAUCUGUCGUUGGAGGUGAAGAUCAACUCCUCUGAUGGCUGCGUUCUGUACGCAGCCAGCAGGCAGCAUGGCGGAGCGGCCAUGUUGCUCAGCGUCCUAAAAGGUCACCUGAUCCUCUCAGUGGAGUCAGCCAGGAGUAACGUCAAAGUGCGCAGCUUGAAGAAAUACGACGACGAGCGGUGGCACCCGGUUUUCAUUAAGCAUGAAGGGAAUAAAGUCAGUCUGACGGUGGAUGGCAUCAGCGGUCGAGCUAAGAGGAUAGCCGGAGGCGGAAAGAUCCGGAUCAGCGGACCGUUAUUCAUCGGAGGAGUCCCGGCCUCAGUGAAGCCGAAACGUUUUGAUGGUUUCAUCGGAUGUGUCAAGGACCUGAAACUGAACGCAGUUCCUGCAGGAAGCCCAUCGUUCAGCCAGGGGGCGGUUCCAUGCUUCCAGAACCCUCUGCAACCUGGAGCAUACUUCUCCAAACAGGGAGGACACCUGAAGAUUGAUGACUCUUUGGUUCUGGGUCGAGACCUAGAGAUCCAGCUGGAAGUUCGACCCGCUUCAGACUCUGGGCUGCUGUUAUAUGCUGGAACUUCAUCUGACCAAUACCUGAGCUUGUUCCUAAGCCAGGGAGAGGUGACUGUUUCAGUAAUCAGUGGCAAAGGUGAAUUCUCUACCUCGCUAAUGCCUGAAGAACCUCUGUGUAACAGGCGCUGGCACACAAUCAAAGUGGAGAAGAGGAACAACGUUCUGAAGUUGUUUGUGGAUGGAAGCGCAGAGAAGAGCACGGGCCCCAAACAGAACCGUUCUGCAGGGACCAAAGCUACCAUGUACCUUGGCGGUGCACCAAGUGGGGUCGCAGCGGCCAGCCAUCCUAACGGGUUUCCGGUGUUCCACGGGUGUUUCCGCCAUGUUAGCAUCAACCGUCGACCCGUGACGCUGUCCGGACCGCUGUCUGUUCACGGAGCCGUCGGAACCCGAGGCUGCCCUCACAUGUAGAGCCUUCACAUUCCCUGACAGCAAAAUACUGGUGGUGGGUGUCAUGUUACUGUAGCUAAUUUAAAAUAUAUAUUAAUAUUUAUUUUAUUCUUUGGGGGAGAAAAAAAAGCAUAUUUUAUAUUUUCACGUUUUCGUGCCAUGUCUGUAAUUAUUUUCACAUAAAGAUGCACUGAUAUAAAAUUAAAAUGUAAAAAAAAAAAUUAAUAAUACUCCAAUUUUGCGAUAUUUCAUGAAAGUGUUGUGUUCCGACUUCCAUACACUAAUAUUUAUGACAAUGGGGCUUCAUGAACUGGCUAAAUUCAUAGAAAUUGAUGGAUUCAUUUUUUUUUUAAUUGAGCUAACUUAAAUAAGCUGUUAAAUUUUUGUAAAUGUAAGAAAAUUUUCAGUUUUUUCAGUAACAUAAAAAAAUCGCUGCAAACCAAUAAUUUUGACCUUAAAUCACCCCUUCUCUAUAAUUAUUUACCUUUUCUUAAACCAACUUUCUCAUAUGAUCUGCACCCCUUUUAUUUUUGAACCCAUGUAACAAACAAGAAAAUGAAGCUUUUUUUUGUGUGCUAACAUUUUUAAAGUGUCUCAAUGAAUAAGCUGCAACUCCCAGCCCUCAUUUGUUUGAAUAAAGUCUUUUUCAUAUAAAA